CGCCUCCCAAUGUUCCACACUGCCCGGCCACAGAGCGUCCUCUGCUGCUUUAUUUCCCCCCCGGCUGCUUCCAUCCCCUCCAAGGACAUUUUAUCCCCUUCCCUCCCCCCUCCAUCCCUCCCCUCCGAUCUAACAUCGGGACAGGACGCCUGCGAAGAUGUCCAGUGAUAGACAAAGGUCAGAUGAUGAAAGCCCAAGUACCAGCAGUGGUAGUUCAGACGCAGAUCAGAGGGACCCGCCAGCACCUGAGCCUGAGGAACAGGAAGAAAGGAAACCUUCUGCAACACAGCAGAAGAAAAAUACCAAACUCUCCAGCAAAACUACUGCUAAGCUAUCUACUAGUGCUAAAAGAAUUCAGAAGGAGCUAGCCGAAAUAACCCUGGAUCCACCUCCGAACUGCAGUGCUGGGCCUAAAGGUGAUAACAUUUAUGAAUGGAGAUCUACUAUCCUUGGUCCCCCAGGUUCUGUAUACGAAGGUGGCGUAUUUUUUCUGGAUAUCACAUUUUCAUCUGAUUAUCCGUUUAAACCACCAAAGGUUACUUUCCGUACUAGAAUCUAUCACUGCAACAUCAACAGUCAGGGAGUAAUCUGUCUGGAUAUUCUGAAAGACAACUGGAGCCCUGCUUUGACUAUUUCAAAGGUUUUGCUGUCUAUUUGCUCCCUCUUGACAGACUGCAACCCUGCUGAUCCUCUGGUGGGAAGCAUAGCCACUCAGUACCUGACCAACAGAGCAGAACAUGACAGGAUAGCCAGACAGUGGACCAAGAGAUACGCAACAUAAGUGAUGUUGACUGCUUGGCGCAGUGUGAAGGUGCGGGGAUGCAGCUUUGCAGUGUGCAACCAAACUUUAUAGCCUUUACAAUACGGACUUCUGUGUAUAUGUUAUACUGAUUCUACUCUCUGCUUUUAUCCUUUUGAAGAUUGGAAUACUGCUUUCUCUCCCUCCUUCCCCUCCCCAACCACCUCCCCAAAAGGUAAAUGCUGUCAAGAGUAGAACUUUGUAGCUGUAGAUUAGUUAUGUUUAAAAUGCCUACUUGCAAGUCUUGCUUCUUUGGGAUAUCAAAAUGUAUUUUGUGAUGUAACUAAGGAUACUGUUCCUGAAGUCAACCAAAUAUAAUAGUGCAUUUUAGCCUAAUUCAUUAUCUGUAUGAAGUUAUUAAAGGUAGCUGUAGAUUACUAGGAAUUACGUCAUUUGUAUUAAGCCCAGAUCUAUUUCCGAUAUGUGGUACAUGCUGUUGUGAAAAAUGUUUAAAACUUUUACCUUUGUCAGUUUGUAAUGAAAAGGAUUUCUUUUAUCCUUGUCCCCUCUCAUCGCCACCCACCUUGUAGCUCAGAGAGCAUCCAGUGUAUCAUCUCAAACACAAUAAACAUGUUCCCCAAGGAAGAACUUCUCUGUUUUCAUAUUUGAAAUUAAAAUGUGGGCAUAGCCAGUAGGACUGUUUAUAUACAGAUCCUUGUGGAAAACUAACGUAAGGCAAGAAGGGCCCACUCAGAAGGUCUGGCAGAUUAUGAUACUUGUAGUUUGCCUCUACCAAUAUUUCUUAAGGCCAAACCUCAAAGAAUGCUAAACCUGGCAUUUGUAGCCAUAGACAUCUGUACAAACCGAUAAGCUAGAACAGCAACUUCUUAAGGCUUAAAAAGAAUGGAUAUCUUCCAUCACCAUCUCUCCUCUGCCCCAUCACUCUCUUAAGUCGCUGUUACCUGGAAAUAUUAACCAGUCUGGUGGUGGUAGUGCUGAUGAUGAACAUCAUAAUCCCUGUACAAUUGGCAUUGUAGCAUCCACCACAAAUGUGAAAAUCUGUUCUCGGGCAGAAAGAAGAGAGAUGAAUGUUUCAGCUAAAUCUAUAAAAUGAUAAAGUGCAAGGAUGUGGUAAGGGCCAGCCAGAGUUAGGGCCACAGCAUGAAGCUCCAUUAACCUUGUCCUCCCUCACUCCAUUCCUGAUUUAAAAGAAAAACGUUCCUGAUAGUCUUGAGGAACUUCAGCUCCCCACACAACAUUCAUAGUUGCUAUUAUAGUUUGGGGAGAGGGAUACAUUUUCCUUUAGGACCACAGUGAAAGGCAAUAUUAAGUCACUCCUCCCGCAGGCUCUGCAAUCUCCCAAACCACUAUUUGCCAUUUGAAAAAAAUAAGACACAACUGCAGGCAACACAUUUAGUCUCAUGUGUAGAUUGACCCCCAUUUUUCCUUGAAGGAAAAACAGAAUUAUUGAGCCGCAACUGAUGCUUAAUUGUUCUCCGUUGCAGCGCAAAAGAUUUUGACACAGUGGGCAAAUAGUGCAGACCACAAUUUGCCAAGUGUAGCAACCUGAUGACUUGUAACAACCUGAUAAGCUGUUCAUCUCCAAUUGCCGGAACAAACAUUUCGGAGCCUUUUCCGCACUUCUGCAUCUGAUUAGAACCUGAAGAAGUUAAGGACUGUGAUACAAUUCUUCUCUCUCUUUGAUACCAAGCAGCUGGUGGAAACUUGACAUGUGCUCUACUGUCAGUUUAUUCUUAAUUAGUCAAUUGAUUCUUGGCCAGUGAGGGCACAGCUGAUAAAGCCACUGUGAGUAUAGUUGACGGUGGGCAGGGGAAUCUUGCUAUUUUAUGGCUCCUCCAGAAUAAAUGAGCAAAUUGCCACAAUUCCUAUUGGAUUUCACACAGUCUCCCACCCACCUCUGUCAUUUACCAUAAAUAAGUCAGCUUUUGUAACAUAAAAUUGAAGAUGUUCUCAAACCUGUGAGCUAAUUUUGGAUCUUGCCAAUCUUUUCUAAUUUGUAGGAGAUAUCCACCGCCCCAGUGCUUUAGAUGUAAGUUUAAAUUUCUGAAUUAUGUUAAACCUGUCUUCCAAAGCAGCACAAUUGCAUGAUUUGCUUAUUCACUUCUCUGCGUGUCAUAAACAGUGUCAUAAUACUUCAAGAGAGUGUUUUUCUCAAUGUUGGCAGCAGUAUAUAAAUAAAUUAAAUAUUAAUCUGGAACUAAAUAAUUUUUUAAGGGGAAACACAACUGAGAGAAAACAUACGUUUUAUAUAUAAAACACAGGUUUAAUUAACUGGUAACUUUGAACACAAGAUAUGAAGAAGGCCUUUCUCGGUCUUUCCAUGUGAAAUGAAUGGGACCUCCAAAUAUUCUUGCAUAAUGUUCAGGGGCCUGAGUGAGGACUGCACAUAAUAUCACAGAUAGAUAGAUAGAUAGAUAGAUAGAUAGAUAGAUAGAUAGAUAGAUAGAUAGAUAGAUGAUUGAUAGAUAGACUGCAUACUUGUUGGUUAUGAAAACUUGAUGGAAACAUUACAUUUGCAAUGAGAUUUUCAUCACAGUCUGCUCACUGCCAGAGUUGAUUGGCUGACCCGCCAGGCAAAAUAGGGAUGUGUGCAUCACGUGGAUAGCUUAGUCCACAGCACAUGUUAAAUAUUAACAUUCCUUUCUUCAUUACAUGACCAACAUAGGCCUUUAUUUAUGUAGUCAAAACAGCCAAACAGUGCAAGCCAUUCACCCAGAAAGAUAAUUUGUGUUUAUGUUGCAGAUAUUCCUUAUUAUUUAUUUUGCAGACUUCUAGGUUCAAACUCAACAAAACUAUUGUGCAUGUGGUGGGGGGCUGUUGAAGCACUUCUGUCAAACAGUUGUGUACUUUUUGUAUAGUUGUGGUUGGAGUUCAGCAUUUUUAUCAUGCAGGGUUAACAAAUUACAGAGGCUUCAAGGUAUGUGAGGUUUGUCUGUAAGACCGAUGGCUUCCGAAUAUGACACCUAGAGCAAUGGCAUUUGAGACAUACCUGCGUGUUCUGGAAUACAGCUCAAAUGACAAACUACUCUAUCUCCCACCCCAAAGCCAUUUUCACUUGGAAUGUUAAGGGAUUAUUAACAGCUCAGGUCCUAUUUCAAACAAACCCAGGAAACAGAAUGCCUGUUCAGUGCAACAAUCUCCUUAGUAGGCAAUUGGUAGAGGCAAUCCAUUUGACCUAUAUCUUGUUUGUUGUUAUAGGCUAGUUUUCAUGGAAGUGACAAAGGUAUUUCUGGGCUGUCCUGCCUCAAAUUUUAGAAGGGGGCUACUCUACCCACUGCCCCACUCCCAAAACAGCUUCUUCCACCAGAAAGUUCAACACCAAAAGACAACAUUCCAGCCUAGCAUUAUCGCCAACAUUCUUGAUUUCUGGGCCCUGGGCCCUCUGUGCGUGUGGAUGAACUUUCUUGCAUGGAGAAGCAUUCAGUCAUGAUUCCCAACUGAUGUCUACAGCAUAAACUCAGUUCACCUUUAACACCUCUGUGAGAACAGUGCCUACAGCUAGUCUUGUAAGGAGAGAACAGAAGGUAUAUGUGGGAAAAUGUUAGGGUACGGAAUAUAGGGCACCUUUGCUAGUCAUCCUCCUUUAAUUUUAGGGGAUCUUCAGAAUUCCCACUGAAAUGAGUGGAGUUUACGGGGCACAUGUGCUUGGUACAUUUGUCUUAUAAGUUAGGAGAAGAAAGUAUGACAGUUUCCUGGCAAGUAGGCUGCAGGGAGAGACUCCAAAGAUCUUGCUAGUUCCUAUUGAAAGGUAAAAUGCAUUGGUAUAUUGCACGUCCCAUAAAUUUACAAAAAGUGGCAAAAUGUAUGUUUCACACAUUCAAUAUGGGACCUGCAAAGCUUUCAGAUAUUUAUAUCACAUAAUAUAUAGUAUAAUUAACAUCAUGUUCUUGUUUUUUAAUGCACUAAAGUUUCAGAUUGCAGAAAAUUUGAAAUAUAAAUGGGAUGCCUUCUCAAUAUUGCCCCUGUUACCUUCUUUACUAAGAUUUUAUUAUUGAUUCUAAAAUUUCCUUCCUGUCAUCAAAUUGUCAACACCUUGUUCCUUUUCAUGUUGCUUUUUCUGUCUGUAAAUUUUAUAUUUACUGAAGUAAGAGGGGGGGGGUUGUGUAUACAUUUAAACUUAAAAAGAACUUAAUUUUGUUUCUCAG